GGCCCCGCGGCGUGACGCGAGCACGGCAACUCCGCCCCCUGCGUCUCUGGCCUGCCGGCCUUGGGGGGAUGGUUCCAUCAUGGCGUCAAUGCAGAAACGACUGCAGAAAGAACUGUUGGCUCUGCAAAAUGACCCACCUCCUGGAAUGACUUUAAAUGAAAAGAGUGUUCAAAAUUCAAUUACACAGUGGAUUGUAGACAUGGAAGGUGCACCAGGUACCUUAUAUGAAGGGGAAAAAUUUCAACUUCUAUUUAAGUUUAGUAGUAGAUACCCUUUUGACUCUCCUCAGGUCAUGUUUACUGGUGAAAAUAUUCCUGUUCAUCCUCAUGUUUAUAGCAAUGGUCAUAUCUGUUUAUCCAUUCUAACUGAAGACUGGUCCCCAGCGCUCUCAGUCCAGUCAGUUUGUCUUAGCAUUAUUAGCAUGCUUUCCAGCUGCAAAGAAAAGAGACGACCACCAGAUAAUUCUUUUUAUGUUCGAACAUGUAACAAGAAUCCAAAGAAAACAAAAUGGUGGUAUCACGAAGCCCAGUGAAGUUAGCCAUGAUGAUACUUGUUGAUGCCACUGUUAUCGUCCUCCUAGCAGAAGAUAGACCUACUGAGAAAAUGAGCACUUUGAUCAUUCAGUCUUUGAACUUUAACCUUUGACUGGAAAUGACCUAUAGGCAAUGAAGACUACUUCCUUUUACUGCAUUUUUACUUGUGUGCAUUCUGGGCGCAUGUUGAUCGCUGGUUCAGUCCAAGCAACUGACAUGCUUUUAUUAGUCAUACAGUAUUAAUGCAGGUGUCAGGAAAUGUCAAAUAUAAUUCCAUUUUUUAUUUUUAUUUUUGUAAGCUUUUGGAAAAGUUCCAGGUCCUCAUGUAUUAUUGUGCAAUAACAAUGACUUCCUUGGCGGUUUUGGGACGUUCAUUGCCGGCAAUGGACGUUGUAACAGGAAAAUUUUCAUUAACUCCUGCCACCCAAUGAUUAAUGCAUGAUAGGGCCUAUGAAAUGAGCUUAUCAGUUAUAGUGGGAUUAUAAGUAAAGUGAGGGAUCCAACAUUACUUUGAAAGUCACCCCAACUGUUUAUAUUUGGAUUCUAUGCACUGCGAUCCUAAGGUUAACAGCAUGAAUUAACAUGCGUCUUUAAAGGACUGUAAUGAAAGAUCAUUGCGUAUUUAUUGAAUUGUUUAUAACUGCUGUCAAAUUGUUUUGACAUGGAAGGUUUUCAAGUAACAUUGGCAGAGAGGUACAAUGUGUUAUCCCUAUGGUGAAAAUAAAUUCAUUCAUUGUAUAUAGUUUCUCAAUCUCUGAAGUAAAGGUAUGAGUAAUAUAGGGUAUGAAUGGUUUAAUCAAAGGCUUUAUUUUGGAAGUAAGAAAAAUGGCAGUGAUGAUUAAACUGCUACAGUCCAAAAUUGGGCUUGUUAUUUGUACAUUAACAGUUUUUCAAGUAGAUUACACUCUUGUUACUUCCUGCUAGCCAUCAGCAUGAGCCCUACUGCCUAAACACUAUUUCAUUUAUUUAUGUUUGGAAAACCCAUAACACUUUUGUUUGCAAUUUUGUUUUUUUGUUAUGUCUUAAGUCAAGUUUGAAUGUUACAAUACUUUGAAGAACUUUUGUCAAGUUUUUUUCUUGUAAAAUUUCUUUACUUGUAAGUAUCAUCUUGUCCUUCAAUCCUGUACCCUAAAAUAAGAAAUACAUUUUUGACAGAGGCUUAAUGUUUUAACAAAAAGUGUGGACAUUUUUAUUUUAAAAUUUAGGCAAAAAUACACUAUAAAAUGGUAUGUUCGCUUACUUGUCUCACACAAUCAUACAGUUUUCCUGGAGGGAUUUGUUUUGUUUUCUUAUUGUUUAGAAGACUUUGCUUAUAGCUAGAUAAAAAAUUUUUCUAUAGAAAAAGAAAUUGUUGGAAGGUCCAAUUCUCAGUACCAUGUAAGUUAAUGAUAGUAUAACUAGAUUCUCUUUUUAAAAAAUGAUUAAUGUAUUUUAUAAAUUACCUUUUCACAUAUGCAAAAUCUGUUUCUACUACAACGUUAUUUUUACUAAUGCCUAUUGUUGCACUCUUUUUGACAUAUUCUGCAGUGAAUAUAUGAAUCAAUUUGGGCUUAAAAAUAAAGGCCAGUUAGUUGGCUAAAAGGUUUGCAGUAUGUAUCCCAGCAAGACCAUCCAAUCCAUAAAUUGGCAGAAAAUAUUUUAAAAAUUGUUUUUAACCUCUGUAUAGAUGACAUUUUGUAGAUUUGUACAUGUUGUUAAUUAAGGACAUAUAAUUUUACAUUCUAAAAAUAUAAUUGCUGAACUCAGGGGUGGGUAGACUUCAAAAAUAUGUCUGCUAUAGAAAUAACUUGAAAAACAAAUAUUAAAACCAUGGCCAGCCACCAAAUUGAGGGCACUAUUUAUAUUACUAGUUAGCAGCUACCACUUUUUAAAAUUAAAAAUGUUUCUGUUCUAUAUUAACUAGAUAUACACAAGUUCUCACAGUAGUUUCUUAACAGUCUUAUUAGUUGGUCUGUUUAACCAAGACUAAAAUGUUUUUGGAAUGCUUUGAACUACUGUUAGUUUUUAAAUGCUUUUUAUUAUGAAAACUGCAGCUGUAAAUUAUGUAUUUUUCUUAUUUUACAUAACUGCUCUAAACUACUGAUUGACUUGAUCAUUUUGGAAUAGGGUGGGGCGAGGAAUCCUCUCUAUAUUGCUGGUUCUCUUACUAAAAUCCUUUUAUAAAGAAAAGACCUGUGACAUUUAUUCACCAAAGGAAUUAAUUUAUCAGGUCAAAGAUUAAUAAUGCUAUGCUAUAGAUUAAUAGGUUAUAAGUAGCCUCAGUUGAGUUUUUAAUAUAAGUAACAGUAUUUUAACAUACCUCUCUCUUUACAUAGAGAUACCAUAAAA